AAAAUUAACCUUUAUUUAUUUUUGCAAGAAAUAGAGCAGAAGCAGGAGAGGGGCAGAGAGAGGGAGACAGAAUCAGAAGCAGGCUCCAAGCUCCGAGCCGUCAGCACAGAGCCUGACGCGGGGCUGGAACCCACAAGUGGUGAGAUCAUGACCUGAGCCAAAGUUGGACGCUCAGCCGACUGAGCCACCCAGGCGCCCCGAAUCUGUUCAUUUUUAUCAGGAACUCAGAACCUUUCCAGAAAAUCCCACCUCAGCAGACUUUGGUUUAUAUCUUUUUGGCCAGAUAACGCCACUCAGCAGACUGGUUUGUAUCUUACUGACCAGAUAACUCCACAUGACCACUUUUAGCUAGAAGGCAUCUAGAGAGAAGCAGGGACCUAGAUGGAGUUUGUGUCAGCCAACUGUCAGUGUCUGCCACAUUAACCAUUUUGGAAACCCCAUAGAGUUAAAGACAUUAAAAGACCUCUUCAUUAACACCUACCCCAGCCAAGUGAGCUUUUGAGGAAAUUUCCAGAAAAAGGAAAUGAAACUUUCAGAAAACUCCUCAGGGCUUGGAUUGCAGGGCCUAGGUUUCUGAUUCGUGUCCCACCCCAUUCUUGGAAAACUGCAGCACUAUCUUCCAUGGCUCCUUCUAGUCCUCCAGUCCUUUGCAAUAGAUACUUCAGACCUAUCCUGGAAAUACUUCUGAUAACUCUCUGCCACAGCAAAAUGGCUUCUCAAGUUUUGCUAACAUUAUGGCCUUCAUAUUUUUUUAGUCCCUCUCCUCUCCUUUAGUGACCUUUCUUUUCUCCUGUCUCAGGUCUGAUAACUUAAAUUUUGCUGGACCAAUCAUUCUCAAAUUCAAAUCGAAUCGUGUUACUCCAACUUAAAACCCUUAUUGCCCCAUUGUCCUCAGGAUGAAUCCUGAACUUCCCAUGGUAGCGAAGACCCUGCAUAACUGGAUAUAGCACACCUCCCCAGCACUUUGCCCUGCACUUGGUAUUCCCACACCAAAUUGCUUACUUUCUCUGCCCCAUCUGCCUGAGACCUCCACUUGACAUCCUUAGGGAUUCAGCUGUGGAGAUGACUUUUCUAGAAAGCUUUCUAGGACUUCUAACUCCCUCAACAGUGGGGCAGGUGACCUCUUAAGUAGCUCAGUAGUUGUUACAAAUUCUUUUCCCUUUAUGGGGGAAAAGGCCAUACCAGGUUGAUCUAGUAGAAAUUUCAAAUAAUAUGAAUUGAAUGGAUAUAUGAAUGAUAGGGAAUGAAAAAUAAGUCUUCCUAUUCCUGCUGUCCAUUUCCUUUUCUCCAGUUUCUCAAUACAUAUUCAAGUAUAAAUACAUUUUCAUAUUAUUUUUAUAAGGUGUUCUGUACCUUGUUUUUCCAAUUAACACUUGUUUUAAAAUUUUUUCUUAAUAUUUAUUUUUGAGAAAGCACAAGCAGGAGAGGGGCAGAGAGAUGGAGACAAAGAAUUCGAAGCAGACUUCAGGCCCUGAGCUGUCAGCACAGAGCCCUACGCAGAGCUUGAACUCAUGAACCUUGAGAUCAUGACCUAAGCCGAAGUUGGAUGCUUAAGGUGCUCCAACACUGUAUUUUGGAGACCAUUAUAUCACUUCAUACAGAUCUAUCUCAUUCUUUAAAGAACUGCAGCGAUAUUCUGUUGCGUGCAUGCCUUAAUUUGCCCAAGCAAUUUGUUGUCCUACACCUGGACUGUUUCUGAUUUUCUCUGACAAGCAGAGACGCAAAGUGCAAUAUCUUUGCACAAAUGGAUUUGAGUACAGGUGGAAAAUAUCUUUUCCACUAUUAGGGGUGAAUUGCUAGAUUAUGGGGCUAGGUCAAUGGCUAUGUGGAUUUAAAAUUUUGGUAUGAAGUUCUAAAUAGUCAACCGAUUUACUCUUCCUAUCAACCGCCCAGUUCUGCUGUAUUCUAAUAUUAGGCCAUGUACCACAGUAGUCUGCAUAUUUUUUGAGGGCAGGCACUUCCUAGUAUUCACAUUUGUCUGGCUGGCAGAAUUAGCUUUCAAUAUUUGAGUUAACGUUGAAUUUUGUAUCUCUUAGUGCCGAUUCUAGGCUUGACAUACAGCAGACUCAGCAGGUGUCUAUUACAAUUCCUCAAUAAUUAGAGUGGCUAACGUUCACUGAAGUGUAUUAAAUGCCGCGACUUGCGCUAAGCGCGCUUUCUCUUCCACCACUUUCACUCACGAUCUUCUUCCUCCCGGGGGGAGGGGGUGUCCAGCACCACGACCCGCCUUAUCUGUGCAUUCGUUGGCCGAUCCCGACGCCCGUUACUGCUGAGCCACGCCCAAGCCACGCCCCCACGCAUUCCGCAGGGCCAGGAGAAGGCGUUGGUCAUUGUGGACCUUCGAGACCGUCUCUUCUCGUGAGAAUCUGGACACGCUCGAAGACCGGCGCCGGACCCGCCUGGCGGAGGCAGGGCCGAUGAGGUACUAGGGGAGGAGCCCGAGCUACUGCCGCUGCCGCCGCCGCCGUCGCCGCCGCUGCUGCCACUGCCUCCGCACCCGGAGAGGAGCAUGUCUGCAACUCGAGCCAAGAAAGUGAAGAUGGCCACCAAAUCGUGCCCCGAGUGCGACCAACAGGUUCCUGUUGCAUGUAAAUCGUGUCCCUGUGGUUACAUAUUUAUUAGCAGAAAACUUUUAAAUGCAAAACACCCAGAAAAAUCACCACCUUCUACAGAAAACAAGCAUGAGGCCAAGAGGAGGCGAACAGAGAGAGUUAGGCGAGAGAAGAUAAAUUCUACAGUAAAUAAGGAUUUAGAAAACAGAAAGAGGUCUCGAAGUAACAGCCAUUCAGAUCAUAUCAGACGAGGAAGAGGAAGACCUAAAACUGCAUCUGCCAAAAAACAUGAGGAAGAAAGAGAGAAACAGGAAAAGGAAAUUGACAUCUAUGCUAACCUCUCUGAUGAAAAGGCUUUCGUGUUUUCAGUCGCCUUGGCAGAAAUAAAUAGAAAAAUUAUCAAUCAAAGACUUAUUCUCUGAUAUUUGUCUGCACAAUGUGUUGAAACUUUCUUCAGGAUUACAUCAGCAAAUUCUCAAACAGUUGUGGACUCUCAGGAGCAUUCUGACUGCAUCAAUAAGGGCCAUUGAUUGUUUUUUUUCCCCUGUCAUUUAGCCUGUGCCACACUUUGGGAGCAAAGCUGUAGGCUUGGACUGUUCUGGGAUUUCCUUGUUUACCAAGGAGUAUUGUCAGUGUUUUGUGUUUGGGAUAUAAGUAAGUAUAUUUACCAAAAACAAAAACAAACAAAAACAAAAACAAUGGAUGGCUGUUAAAGGGUAAAGGGGUAGGGGGUGGGAGUGGAAGAAUGAAAACUAGGGAAAUAAAAUGCUUGUUAGUUUUCAGGUUUGCCACCAGAGAUGCAAUAUUUUAAGUACUUGGAAAAAGAGUGACUUUUAAAAAUAUAUAUUUCAGAUUUUCAGCAGUAACAGAUUGCAUAUAUACAGUUCAUUUACUUUUAAUAAAUUGGCAAUUGAUAUUUUAUUGAAUGGGGAAUUAAGAAUAUAAACUGUAAAUUUUGUCUUGAUUUUUUUCUUGGCCUUUAUUUUUAUGACUUAAGGUAUGAGUUAUAUUUUGGGAGAUACUUUCUAGACAUUUGGGAAGUUUGGGUGCUAUAUGAAGAAAAACAUUUAAGGAUAUAUCAUACUUCAGAUAUAAACAACUUGUUUUCUUGAAUGUAAUUUAUUUAUUGGUUUAAAAAAAACCUUUUCUGCUCUCAAGAUGGUGCCUGUUAACCUAAACAUAAGAUAUAUUUAUUACAUACAAAAUAUUUCUUAGCCACUUUUAAGCAGUAAUGUUUUAUCUGAAUGGAUGUUCAUUUAUACAUCCUGAUAAUUAUUUAAAUUGUUACUUAACCUCACUCUGGAAAAAAAAUAAACCUUAAUAUUGAAACUAAUAGAUUAAUAGUGUGGUAUAAGUUUGUGCUCUAUGAAGUUGUGAACUAUAUUUAAAUUCUUAGUUUUUCUAGUCAUAAAUGAUAACUGUUUAUAGCUGAUUUAUUUUAUACUAGAUGCUUUUGCAUUUUUUGCAUAUCAAUUUAACAUUCAAAUUUGACCGUAACUUCCCUUAUUUCAGGUACCUCCCUCUCCCACCCCAGUGGCCAAAUCUGUUUGGAAGUCCAGAAGCCCUAUUAGUGAAGGUAGUCAUCAGCCAGAUUUAACUUUAAGAGAAUUUCCCUUUCAGUUUCAAUAGUAGCAUUGGCAGCUUCAUCCUGCAUCUCCCAUCACCUCCCAAAAGAAAAAAAGAUUCACAUUUUUUCCUAUUUCAUUUAAAUGGUAGCCAGCAGAGGGAGCUUAAGAGGUACUCUAGGUAGGAUGCAGAAUUAUUCUAAGAAUUUUCUAAGAAUUCCUUUACCCUCAAUCCCCCUAUUUACCUGCAGGUACUACUACAAUUAUCUUGUAUGCAUUUUAAAGCUCUAGUAAUAAAGUUUAUUCCCAAGCAUGCUAAUGUGAUUUUAUCUUUGAAAUAUAAGAAAACUAUUUUUAAUUUGACAAAAAAAAUAAUAUCUAAAAUGCUUGUGAGUAUAUAUAUGUCCUCAGAAAAAGGGAGAAAAGCUUAGGAGUAGGCAUCUCUUUAAAGAAUUAUUGAUGUCAGAAUCUAUCCAUUUAAAGCUGGAGACCUUAGAGGAAAGUCAUGUUAAAAUAGUCAUGUAUACAAUAAGGGUGGAGACUGGUGACUAGGCUGGAACUUGCCAUGUAAAGAGAUAAUUUAUUUAAGAUGCUCAUAAGGUUAAAUCAUUGUCUUAUUUAAAAAGUUCUUUGGCAGAGGGACAAAUUAAGCUUCUCCUAUUUGUGAUGUAACCUAUUUAAAAAAUUUCUCUAAAAAUUGUAUUCUCUGAUAUGUUUAUAAUCUCAUUAUAAAGCUGAAUUUGUCUAAAAAUGUU